AUGGGCAAAAAACAGAAGAAAUCCGGGGAGGACAGUGCCAAAGACGACGUGGACCUGGACGCUCUGGCAGCGGAGAUCGAAGGAGCCGGAGCUGUCAAAGAAUCCAAAGGAAAAAAGAAGAAAAAAGGAGCAAAAAAAGAUGAUUUUGAUGAAGACGACAUUCUGAAGGAGUUAGAGGAGCUUUCCAUCGAGCAGGGAGGGAAGCCAAAGAAAUCCGAGGAGACUGUUGAUGACGUGAUCGAAGCUCCGAAAGAGAAGAAGAAAACUCGCAAAGGAAAAAAGGACGAAGAGGACGAGGACCUAGAGCAAGAGAAGAAUGGAGAGGACAAGAGGAAGACAUCCGUUGCCUCAGACUCCGAUGAGGACUCUUUGUCUCAGACUAAACUCAAACCUGCAAAAAAUCAAGACAAAGACGAGACUGAGACCAAAGCUGCGGCUGUGAACGAGGACGACGACGAUGACGAAGAGGAAGAGUUUAUGUCAAAAAAAGACCGUAAGAAGAAAACCAAAGCCAAAGCAGUGAAAGUGGAGAGUGAGGAUGAGGAAGAGGAGGAAGGGUUUAAGAUGAAGACUGCAGCUCAGAAAAAAGCAGAGAAGAAGGAGCGUGACAAGAAGAAGAAGGAAGAGGAGAGACUGAAGAAGCUCAAACAGAAGGAGAGGGAGGCUGCCGCACCUGCUGCCGCACCUGCUGCCUCACCUGCUGCCACAACUGCUGCCACACCUGCUGCCACAACUGCCCCGUCCGCCCCUGCCAUGCCUGCCCUUGUGGCUCCUGCCGAUGAUCCAGCCAAUCAGGGACCAGAGGAGGCCGAAGGGGAGGAGCCAGCGGGCGAAGAUGACGAAGGCGGAGACAAGAAGAAAAAGGACAAGAAAAAGAAGAAAGGGGAGAAGGAGGAGAAGGAGAAGAAGAAGGGACCGAGUAAAGCGACCGUGAAGGCCAUGCAGGAGGCGCUAGCCAAAAUGAAGGAGGAGGAAGAACGAGCACGACGCGAGGAAGAGGAGCGGCUGAAGCGGAUGGAGGAGCAGGAGGCGCUGAGGCUGGAGCAGGAGCGUCUGGAGCUGGAGCGCAAGGAGAAGAAGAAGCAGAAGGAGAAGGAGAGGAAAGAACGUCUGAAGAAGGAGGGGAAACUGCUGACAAAAGCUCAGAAAGAGGCUCGAGCCCGAGCGGAAGCUACUCUGAAGAUGCUGCAGGCCCAGGGAGUGGAAGUUCCAUCCAAAGACUCGGUGCAAAAAAAGAAGCCGGUUUAUCGAGACAUGAGAAAGAAGAAGCCCAACGCUCCCACACCUGAAGGUACAGAGACCUCAGAAGUGACGCCUCCAGCUUCAGGAACUCCAGAACCAGCACCAGCACCAGCGUCGAUGGAGACCGAGGCCCCACAGACUCAGCCCCCAGCUCCAGAGGUAAAAGCAGACGCUGUGGACGACUGGGAGGCCAUCGCCAGCGACGAGGAGAAAGAGCUGAAGAAGGUUCACAUCGAGGUGAAGGAGGAGCGACGAGCUGCUCCUCAGCCGACGGGCAGCGAGGAGGAAGAGGAGGAGGAAGAGGAAGAAGAGGAGGAGGAGGAGGAUGAAGAAGAGGAGGAGAGCGAGGAGGACGACGUGUCCACAAAAACAGAGGUCUCCCGGGCGACCACAUCAAAGAGGAAAGGCAAAGAGAGCGAAGAAGAGAGUAGCGACAGCGAGGAUGACGACAGGACGAAGGAGGAGCGUCUCUACGACCGAGCGAAGAGGAGGAUCGAGAAGCGGCGCAUAGAGAACCUGAAGAACGUGGAUGUGGAGCGGCUCAGGGCUCCGGUGGUCUGUGUUCUGGGACACGUGGACACAGGGAAGACCAAGAUCCUGGACAAGUUGCGACACACACACGUUCAGGACGGAGAAGCCGGUGGGAUCACGCAGCAGAUCGGAGCCACUAACGUUCCCAAGGAGACAAUCGAGGACCAGACGCGGAUGGUGAAAAACUUUGAUCACGAGAACUUAAAGAUCCCAGGAAUGUUGAUCAUCGACACACCAGGACACGAGUCCUUCAGUAACCUGAGGAACAGAGGCUCCUCUCUGUGUGACAUCGCGAUCCUGGUGGUGGACAUCAUGCACGGCCUGGAGCCACAGACUCUGGAGUCCAUCAACCUCCUCAAGGAGAAGAAGUGCCCCUUCAUAGUGGCCCUCAACAAGGUAGACCGUCUGUACGACUGGAAGAAGAGUCCUGAGACCGAUGUCGUGGCAACGCUAAAGAAACAGAAGAAAAACACAAAAGACGAGUUCGACGAGAGAGUGAAGGCUGUGAUUGUGGAGUUCGCUCAGCAGGGGUUGAAUGCGGCGCUCUUCUUCGAGAACAAAGACCCCAGGACCUUCGUGUCUCUGGUUCCCACGUCGGCGCACAGCGGGGACGGGAUGGGGAACCUCAUCGCUCUGCUGGUGGAGCUCACGCAGACCAUGUUAGCGAAGCGGCUAGCGCACUGCGACGAGCUGCGCGCACAAGUCAUGGAGGUGAAGGCUCUGCCUGGAAUGGGAACCACGAUCGACGUGAUCCUGAUCAACGGGUGUCUGAGAGAAGGAGAGACCAUCAUUGUACCAGGAGUGGAAGGACCAAUUGUGACGCAGAUCCGAGGUCUGCUGCUGCCGCCACCGCUGAAGGAGCUACGUGUGAAGAACCAGUACGAGAAGCACAAAGAGGUGAACACGGCUCAGGGGGUGAAGAUCUUGGGGAAAGACCUGGAGAAGACUCUGGCAGGCCUUCCUCUGUUGGUGGCCCACAAGGACGACGAGAUCCCAGUGCUGCGGGACGAGUUGAUAAAGGAGCUAAAGCAGACGCUGAACUCCAUAAAGCUGGAGGAGAAGGGGGUGUAUGUACAGGCCUCCACGCUGGGAUCUCUAGAGGCUCUGCUUGAGUUCCUGCGCACUUCCAAAGUCCCAUACGCCGGCAUCAACAUCGGCCCAGUUCAUAAAAAGGACGUCAUGAAAGCCUCCACCAUGUUGGAACACGACCCUCAAUACGCUGUGAUCCUGGCCUUCGAUGUGAAAGUAGAGCGGGAGUCUCAGGAGAUGGCCGACAGUUUGGGCGUGAGGAUCUUCUGGGCUGAGAUCAUCUACCACCUGUUCGACGCCUUCACCAAAUACCGGGAGGACUACAAGAAGGCCAAGCAGGAGGAGUUCAAACACAUCGCUGUGUUCCCCGUGAAGCUACGAGUUUUACCGCAGUUCAUCUUCAACUCAAGAGAUCCGAUUGUGAUGGGAGUGAACGUGGAUGCAGGAGUGCUGAAGACGGGGACUCCAGUGUGUGUGCCCAGCAAAGGGUUCGUGGACAUCGGCGUGGUGACCAGUAUCGAGAUGAACCAUAAAUCCGUUGACACGGCCAAAAAAGGACAAGAGAUCUGCGUGAAGAUCGAGCCCAUUCCCGGAGAGGCGCCCAAGAUGUUUGGCCGUCAUUUUGAGGCCACGGACAUCAUCGUCAGCAAGAUCAACCGUGCCUCCAUAGACGCGCUCAAGAACUGGUUCCGUGACGAGAUGCAGAAGUCGGACUGGCAGCUAAUCAUGGAGCUGAAGAAAACCUUUGAAAUCAUCUGA